GGAGAGUGUAUUCUAACCGUAGGGGCCGCCACCUUUUCUUUCGUUCCGCAUUAGAAUGCGUCUCAUCACUGGAUGACGGUGGAGUCUGCCGCUCUCUCAGGGAACCAGUGAAGGAGUAGCCAAGACGUAUGGGCCAGAAUUUGCCUCGCUGUUGAGUAGUCAUACAUAUGCUGGAUUUCUCCGGUACAAGGAGUGUCCUGUUGCUGAUGAAAUUCCAGCAGAGACACAAACCAAACGGGCUGAGACAUCGAUGCGUUGAAGUAGUAUGCUUUUGGGAGUGUAUAGCCAUCUGAUUGCCUUCAAGGUUAUGGCAGACCCGCAUUGCAGGAUUUGGCUCGCAUUUACAGUACAACUUGACGGCAGCAAGGAAUUAUAUUUUUGGUUUUUGUCCAAGUCCAACAACAGCCUUACAAGCUUUUGAAGAACAGCACUGCAGACUUGCGCAGGGAAGCGUGGAAAAGACAUCUUCGAAUUAAACUUGACUGUUGAUUUAUUGUUGUAACGGAGAAAGGGCGGAAUUGUGUUCUGUGGUGUCACAUCGUUUGCUUCAUUGGUUGACUCGCUGGCCAUGACUUGGACCCGUAAGGACCGGGGAUCAUAUUCAUCAGUGAGCCAGUUUGAUCCAGAUUAUUUCAUGUCAACUGACGAGGGUUCUGAGGACUCCAACUAUGGCCGGCCGUCAGAUUCAGAUCUCUCGCUGGAUGAGGAGAGAGAGGCUAUACGACGGGAGACGGAGCGGCAGGCCCUGGCACAACUUGAGAAAGCAAGGACAAAGCCAGUGGCAUUUGCAGUCAGAACGAAUGUAGCCUACGACGGGUCAAUAGACGACGAUUCACCUGUACAGGGCUAUGCCAUCUCCUUCAAAGUCAAAGACUUCCUCCAUAUAAAAGAGAAAUACAACAAUGAUUGGUGGAUAGGCAAGCUGGUACGGGAAGGGUCUGAUGUGGGUUUCAUCCCCAGCCCAGCCAAGCUAGAAAACAUGAGGCUCCAGUCGUCAACAAGUAGGACCAAGCUCAUGAACAACCGGAUGCCCCAUUCCCCUUCCGGUAGGAUCAACUACCUACCCAACAAAGCCGCAACCCUACCCCUCAACAGCAAAAGUAGUUACCCUACUUCCCCCCGUCAUAGCAGGUCUACUAGCGGGCUCAGCUCCACCUCCAACCUGGGCGACAUCAUGGGACUGGCCAACACCAGGAACGCCAACUCCAGGGGAUCCACACCACCCACGCCUGGAGUUGAUUUGGAUCAAAACGGCAUGGCAGAAGUUGACGACAAUGAGUCGCUGAGCAGAUCAAAGAGCAGCACCAUCUCGCCCCAGCCGAAGGAAAAGAGAAAACCAUUCUUUAAAAAGACGGAGAAUAUACCGCCAUAUGACGUGGUCCCCUCCAUGCGCCCUGUGGUCCUAGUGGGCCCCUCCCUGAAAGGCUACGAAGUCACAGACAUGAUGCAGAAGGCACUCUUUGAUUACCUCAAGCGCAAGUUUGAGGGAAGAAUAUCCAUCACCAGGGUAACGGCUGACAUAGCCUUGGCUAAGCGUUCCGUCAUGAACAACCCCAACAAGCGAGCAAUCAUGGAGCGUUCCAACAGCAGAUCCUCCAGCAUCGCCGAGGUCCAAGCAGAGAUUGAGAGAAUAUUUGAGCUUGCCCGAUCCUUGCAGCUGGUUGUUCUGGACUGCGAUACCAUUAACCAUCCAGCCCAGCUAGCCAAGACCUCCCUUGCCCCGAUCCUUGUCUACGUCAAGAUCUCCUCCCCGAAGGUCUUACAACGGCUCAUCAAAUCUAGGUCCAAGUCACAGAGUCGUAACUUGAAUGUUCAGCUGGUAGCGGCUGAUAAACUUCAGCAGUGUCCACAUGAGUUGUUUGACGUGAUCCUAGAUGAAAACCAACUGGAAGAUGCAUGUGAACAUCUGGCCGAAUACCUGGAGGCUUACUGGAAGGCAGCCCAUGGACCAGAGCCUACAACACCACCGAAACCAACCCCGGCUCAUAACUCGGUAUCGCGGACCUCCUCACCUCUGCACAGUCUGCUGUCUCGAGUGGGAUCCCACAGACACGACAAGCACAAACGGAAAGGGAAAGAUGACCAUGACGGCCACAACAGUGACCGCUACGAUAGCCACGCCGAUCAUCCCGAGAGCGGGUACCGCAGUGACUCGCGGCCAGAUUACAUGUACCAGGAUCGGCGUGAUGACAGCGAUCAUGACGACCAUCGGGCGUUGUCACCAGAUGAGCGGCCCCGCCGCUCCAACGAUUACUACGAUAAUGAGCGGCGAGAUCACCAUGACUACGACCGUGAUUAUGAUCACCAGCGCAACCCGCGAGAAAGGACUCGUGAUCAGGAUGUUGAGCGGGGCCGUGAUCAUCGCGGGCAGGACUACCGCAGCGAGCCACGGGAAAGCUCCCGGGGCUCCAGGGACAGGCUUAACAUAGAACGGGAUGCGGUCCGGUAUGAAAGUGAUUAUCCUGAUCGGGGCCCACAGCGGGAACACUAUGAACCCAAGGGCCGCUAUGAAUCAGCUGAUAGAGCCCGAGGUAGCGGUGAUAGGGACAGAGACAGGUACAUGUACUCCGAACGGGGUAGUGGGCCAAGCAGUGGACGCUCCAGAACAAGGGAUCGGGAUAUUGAGAUGGAGGACAUGUAUGAACAUGCUCGAUCGGGCCCAUACCCUGAUCAUUACACACGCUACUCUGAGGGCCCACGGGAGAGAGUUCCUCGUGACCCUUCACCCUCGCCCAGGUCACGUGGAGGCCGACCUUAACUUGCCCCCACCUGAACCCUUUGGACACACCUCCACUAGGAGUUGAACAUCCUCCGGGGCUUCUGAUGUUUCCAACGGCUGGUUUUAUUCAUGGACAAUUGAAUAAGACUUUGCUUUUUUUUUUCCAGAUUUCUAGCUGGCUGAAAGAUGACAAUAAAAAAAAACUACAUUUUUUUUUGUCGACAGCCACCUACUGCUUGCCUGCAAGCAGCGAGGCCAUUUGAACUGUGACUUUUCCCAGGUUGCACAUGAGGUCAAGCCGUGGCAUGUCUCGCGUGUCGUGCAGGUGAAUGCACCAGCUCAGUCUAAGCAAUGAUUGGAAAAGUUUUUUCAAGUUUUCAACUUCAGGUUUGGCGGAUAUUUUCCAGUUUUCUUCGAAAAAAAAAAAAAAAAGUUCACUUGUUAGUUGAGGGGAUAAUCGUCAGCUUUUCAGACAUGUAACACAUACUUAGAAUUUCAUUUGAAAAGGUGCUUAUUGAACUUCAUACCUAUUGUAUAGAUGGCAGUUACUCUUUGAUCUUCUAUUUACGCCUGUAUAAUCUUCUGUAGGGCAAGUGCUUACAUUCAUUUUCCUCUACUUGUAAGACAUGCAAGAUGUGGUUUGUACCUAUCAAAUGGAAUCUUUUAAGGUGGGACAGAAUGACGGCUUCAACUUUAAAAAGCUUGUUUAGGCUCAUACAGGUUUUUUUUUUAACUUGUCAUACUUGUAGGGCCACAAAUCUUUCAAGCUUUUAACAGGAAAACCCUCAUUUGUUUGCCCAUCUUUACUUGGUCUUCAAGGUACAGAAUGACAUCAGAAUAAUACACCCAGUCUGGGUGGAAGUGGUGUCUGUACCUAGAACCAAAACUAGAUUGGGGUUUUCUAAAGAUUGGCAGAAGUUCACCCAGAAACGUCUGCGAGAUACCUUGAAACCUGACGGGUGGCAAUCAAUAUUUUCCCAUCAAUUUGCGCCUGAAGAGAAACCGUUUGUUUAUUCACUGGUAUUCAUCCGUUUAGAACAACAUCAAGAGCUGUUUGUAUUCCCUCUGCAGCAUGUCCCAUCUGCCUGUAACAAAUUGAGAUGUUUGCGGAGACGUUUAUUGAGGGAUUUUUUUUAUCGCGAUGUGAUUCACAUAAAAGCCAUGGGGUAGGCACUGAUUGAAGACUUGCCGAUGUUUCUUUUUAAAAAAAAAUGUGGAUUAUUCCUCCUGCCUAACUGGCUAUGAACGUUAGCCAGAGUCCUGCAUCUGCUGGAGUCCAAGAACUGAAAUCGCUUUCUUAUAUUUUGCUUUUUCAGUCUCUAACUUUGGUCUAAUUUUCCGUACCAUUUUUAAAAUCACAGUAAUGCAGAAAAUAUCAGGUCAACAGAAAUAUAAGUUUUGCUGUUGGUUGGAUCAUGCACAGACAAAAACUGUCUUGUAGAGAUGGAAUCCACACCAGCAAAAUACUUGAAUAUCUCAACAUUUUGGCCAAAGCCAUAUCCAUCGGAUCAAUCUCUUUAUGGACAUGUCAUUAGUGCCCUUGUACUGCAUGUGUUUUUCUUUGGCUUUGACGGAGCAUAUAAUUCGUAAACCCUAAUAACAUACAUGUGACUUACCCUGUGGCUUCAUGACAAUCUCGCCAUUAGCAAUUAGAAUGUUGUUUUGACACCAACAAAAGAACUAGUGACCUUUUAAUAAGAGACACACGACGCACACGUUUUCCUGCAAUGUGAAGGACCUUUUCCCCCUCUAAAAGGGUGAUCAGAACGAAGGCCCUAUCGCGUCUUUGAUUUUGAAAUUCUAAAAAAUACAAAGGGCCAGGUUGUCAUUUGUUUGUCGGAAGACUGGCCCUCGGGUUUUAUUUCAGAGGGUUUGAGUCCUACAAACUCUCUCUCAUACUCGUUUUCAACGUUCAAGUUCAGUCACUUAAUAGUCAAUAUUAAGAAUCAGAUUUCAAAACGGCAUUCUGGUUCUUAAGUUUGUAAUGCACAUGUGGAUGGUCAGUUUUGCAAACUUAGAAUGGUUGAAACAUUAUUUCCUGCUCUGUUAACAUUCAGUAUCGUUUGCAUGAUUGCCACACAUUUUCACGCGGACAUGCAGAAAGUAAAUGCGACAUCCAUCGAUGUUUAGAUGGUUUGGGUCUCUGCUGUGCCGGUAGGCACCUUUCAGAAAAAAACUUUCCUGUUAUUAUCAGCGAUAAAUGUUUGACUUAUUUAAGCCCAUGUUUGGCUUUUUUACACGGAAAGUUAGAUCCAUGGGAGAAGUCGUACAGCUGUACAUGUGCAAAAGUCAAACAAGUGUAUAAAACCUAUGUAUCAAAUAUUGGCGUCAAAAAAAAAAAAAAUCAGACGUAAUUCUCUCUUUUACUCAGUCAUGAAGUAAUGUAAAUUAUCGUGGAAGGAGAUGUAAUUUUAAUAUGCAAAUUUUACAAAGGGUCAUGCAUAUAUAUUAUAUGACCUCUUUGUUUAAUGGGUACCGAACUUUGUGACAAUAACAAAGGCUUAAAAUCUUGUGGUAGAUAGAUACUUGGCUAAAUUUAGGUGGUGAUGUCACUCCAAAAUAUGUGAAAAAAAUGCAAAUGAUUCCCAGACUCUUUAUCUAUGCAUUUGAGCUGGUAAAAUGGUGUCCAAUAUAUAUAUAUAACUUUUGUUGGCAAUUUGUGGAAUCUUUCUUCGGGAGGGAAUGGGGAAAGUAAUGCCCAUGAAAUGUUCCUAGGACAUAGGAUAUAUGAGGAGAGAGUCUUGAAGUGUUUACUAGUUAUAUAAAGAAAACACAAGGCAAGCACACAGUGUUGAACAAACACAUAGCCAAACACAAAGUAAGAUGAAUUUUUUUUUUUUUUAGUCUUCGUAUUGACUUCACUAAAAAUGAAGAUAUAGUUAUCAUAUAUUGGCUCCAAAACAAGUGUCAUGUUUUGUUACUCUCUGCAUAACAAAGGCAUCUCUGAUUCAGUGUUUGACAAAUGGGUACGUCCGCUAUUUAGAAAUUUGUAGGCCUGUGUGUCAGUGACAUUAAGCAGGGAGAGUUUACAGUAGGCAGAGCAGCUUAUGAAAGUACUCUAGCCUUCCAGGCGUCAGGGUAAUGCCAGUUUGUGCAAUAAUUAUAACCGUUAAUCCGUACAAACUUCAAACGUAUUUGGAGUGCUCUUUUUCUAUCCAUUUUAACUAUGUAACAUUGUACUCUAUCAUAACCAUUUAUCGCCACCAAGUCACUAUAGCUACUAAAAAGCAGUUGGCUUUUUAACUCUUUGAGACAAAACUUUUGAAACAUCAUUUGUAGGCCCACAAAACAUGAGUUAAGCAUUGCCCGAUCUGUUCCGGAACUAGUCAGAAUGAUAGCUGUAUAAAAGAUGUAUAUAUAUCAUUCAAAGAUAGCAGCUUGCUUUGCGUAAAGCUUAAUGGGUAAUUCGCAUAACAAAGGGGUUUGCACAACUUGUGACCAACCAAAACUCACGUCAGAUUUUUUGGUCGAUUUUUGAAGCCGUCACUUGUAAAGAAACUAUUGGAAUAAUAUAUCAAUAUUGUCAUAUGUAAUCAACAUGUAUACAGUACACAUUUCAGAAAUAGCCUUACGACUUUUGUCUGUGAAUUUAUAACUAUCAGCAUGCUCUCCGUGUCACUUGAAUGAAUCAUCUGUAUGGGAUUUCUGGGAAUGUUUUGGUCCCAUGGUCAUUUGAGCUUUGCAGGAGCUUGUUUUUUCAAGUGUACAGGUCUUUGCAUGAACUGAAUUGAAGCUAAGUACUGUUGUACCCGUUGCCUCAAAGUUGGCUGUUGCUCUGGUAACGAGAGCCGAGAUGGGAUGUCGUCACUUGCACUCUUUCAGUACAGGAGAACAAGGUGCAAAACAGAGAAACGUUUGAACCAAUCAACCAAAAUCUAACAAUUCCUGUCAGCAUACCACUUUUUCCUAAUUACAAUUUAGUUUUCUCUAAAUGUAGAAUCCCAAAGUAAACCAAAGCUAACAUACUUGUGUCGAGGGAGAGCUGUAUUGGUUCUGCCUUUGUUUCCCUUCAUGUUUUGGACUGGUUCUCCUUCUGUACUGUCACUGCAUCCCAUACCACUUUGUAUGCUUGAUCUCCAAUCGUAAUGACUGAGGGUAACAUCUUUUUCUUUUUGUAUGGAGUGACUCUUAUCCAUGAGUACACUUUUAAAACAAGCAGGAUAAGUCAUGAAAAUCUCGAGCAAAACUUAAAAACAAAAAUGUUAUCAGCGUGGCAUUCCUUGCGGCCAUGCUGGUGAAUUUGGUAGUUCUCGGCACCAAUGCUGAAAGGGUUAGUAGGAGUCAUUUGCAAUGGCAAGCCCUGUUCUUGUACCGACAAACUAUUGCCGAUCAAGCCCAAGCAAAAACCACAGAUUUGGACGGAUCACUUUGGCUUUUUCCCCGAUGCGAUGUAAAUAAAAAUUAAUGAAAAGUACUGGAAAACUGAAGAACUUUGUCAUUUUCAAAAAUGAAGAUAUUACAUGGGUUGUUUUUUUUACCAGUAGUUUGUAUGUAAAAAGAAUGCGUAUGUAAUUCACCUAUACUAUAUGGAAUGUGUAGUUUAUAUAUAUAUACACACACAUAAUACAUAUAUAUAUUUUCUUUUUUGACUUGUGUGUCUUUGUAUUGAUAUUUUCUUUUGUUUCUUAAAAAAAAACCGCAACAUUCUUUGGGUGAUCAGUGUGCAGAUUGCAGCGCGCCCUUGUAUUUAAUGUAAAGACAUUUGUUUUCCAUAUAUUGAAAAAAAAAGAAAUAUUGGUUGGUAAUGAUUUGGUUUUAAUGUUUUCUAUAUAUUGUGCCUUUUAUCAUUAUAUAUAAACUGUAUUAUAAAUACAUUUAGCAGGUGCAAGUAUACAUUUUUCAUACUUUUUAAUUCUGUUAGCGCAGAUUCAGCAAGCACUACUUUGUUUCUUCGAUUGUUGCUUUUUGUGAUUGUACUGAGUUCUUUUAGCACUUUGCAAUAUGUUUACAUGCUCAAUCUUUCUGCCUCCAGAACUGGAAUUUUUUAAUAUGUACACUAGUUUAAGAAGUUUUUGGAGUAAAUUGGCACGAUGGGUAGAAUGCCUGAGAGAGAUCUGUUGAAGGGGAAAUCGUUGAGGAUUAUCCUGUCUGAGUUGUGUAUAUUGUAUCAGGUUUUUUUGUAUGUGCUGAAAUAUUGGCAUUACCAACCAGUCCUUGGUUCUUAACCAGGUUAUACCCGCUUGAACAGUUUAGAAACUGGAGGAAUAUGGCACAACAGGUCAUGUCGCCUUUGGUCGAUCACUAACUAGGUUAUAUGCACUUGUAACCAGUCCGUCUUUGGUUUAACCAGGAAAUUGACACUGCAUUCAUCAGUAACCAGCUGUGUCUUGUAACCAGGUUUUGUUGGUUAUGCCCAACCUGGUUAAACUGGUUACAAGCAGCUUACCAGGUUUUGUACACACUACCAGUUUAGUGACCUCUGGUUAACUGUCGGGUUAUUAUUAUUUUUUUGUAAAGUAAUGUCAUUUUUUGUGUGUAUAUGUGUUUGCAAAGGCACUUACAGCCACAAAACAGAUACUUCAUAUAAACUACGUGUAUUUAUUCCUUUGUUGUAUAUUUGCUAUUUUAAAGAGAAUUUUUACUCGGCAGAUUCUAUAUUUACGGUGUGUGAUAUACUUAACAUAUUUUCUUUUGUGGAUUCCAGGUUUAUUUGAAUACCGCAGCAUCAUUGACAGUUGCUGUGUCUGGAUUGUUUGGAACUUACGUACUAACACACAAAUUUAGUUUGAUUUUUUCUGGGGCUGUUGUGUAGACAAUUUGUGCCUAAGUGUCAUCUUUUUGUCUGGAACCGAGUUGUGUCAAGAACUUGCUCCUCACCGGAUUGUUUGACUACAUGUGUUCAACACAAGCUGACUUUUUUUUUAAACAUUGGCACUAUCAACAGCAGUAAUCAAAAAUAGCUGAGUUGACAUGGCCUUAUAGGCUCUGUGCAAAACCCACGGUGUGCAUGUCACUUGUUCCCACUGUUACAUUCUACUCACAUCUGUUAGCAAAGUGAGAUACUGCAGAUAACGAAAGGAGACUGGUUCCGAUCCUUCCAUCCAGUAUUGUAGAAUAUCAAAGACGGGGCAGGAACCAUGCAUUCUACGAGUGAGAGCACAGUACCCUGGUGAUCACAAAACAAUUUUUAUCACUGACAAAGGAAAAGCCCGACAUUGACAAUGUUUGGCAGUUUUUGGGGAUUAGCCCAUUAGACUUUUGUUUUCGUGAUGACCAGUGCAAAAUAAUGCCUCAUCCCUUUUCGGCGCUGUCACUUGUUCCAUGAAAAGUUUGUGAACUGUGUCAGCUGUUCUGAUUGGCUCUCACUGUUUUAUGUGCCCGAUGUAGCCAAUCAUCUCCUUUGUUCCAUUCAGGGGCCAUGUCAAAGCUCAGCAACCUGACCUUGUGAGAGAGCAAAUAUUCUGACACGUACUUGAAGACACUUUAUUUGACAUGGGAGUGUUCCUGCUUUGUAAACUGGUUAUAUUGAGAGUGGUUGGUGGCCUUACAUUCUGAGAACGAUUAGGGAAAAAAUUCACAUUUUGGGGUAAAAAAAAAUCCUGGCAACAUAACAGUUUAAGUUGGGGGGGGGGGGUGUUACAUAGUCAAAAUAGGGUAGACCGAUAUAUUACAAAACUAUUACCCAAUGAAAAGGAUUGAAUGCUGGCUGAUAAUGCAGAGUAGUGAGUGUGACUGAUGGUAGUUGUGCGAAUGUGAUGAAGGGGAACAGAAUUAUUAAGGAAGAAAGUGAGAGUGGUGGUAUGGUAAUGCAACAUGUAGCUGUGACGGCCGUCAUGAAGAGAAUUGUGGUGAAAAUGAUGGUGAUGUUCUGAGGGAAGCAAAGGUCAAGAAUAUAACAACAGAGAUGGGAAAUGAAAUAAGUCCAGUUUCUUGCGCCGCUUGCGUGACAACUGCACUGAAUCUAACGCUCAAGAAUCCAAGCUCUCAAAUUCUGCGCACUCGGCCCAUAGACACUUUCUGAGAAAUUCUCAUAUUGUGUUUUAAAAUGAAGGGGCAUUUUUUUCUUGAAGGGAUGGGAGAUUCGCAUAGUUGUUGAAUUCAUUCGAUGGUGGAACGAGGAUUCUUCAAGGGGGUGGCUUUAGUGUUGAAGUUCAAUAUUUUUCAAGGGUGGGGGGUGGGGGGAAUGAAGUUUCAUAGUCAACGCAUAAAAAGACCAAAGGCCUACAGCAAUGAAUGACGAUGAGUGACGAUGUUGUUCCAUGUUAGCAACCCCCGAUCCACCCUUGCGUCAUAUGUGUGUGUGAAUGAUUAUAUGGUUGAUGAUGGUUUAAUGUUGAAGAUACCGAGUACAUGGAAGUGGUUGAUAGGUUUGAUGAAAACAUAACUGUGUUGAUGGGUUUGAAAGUUUGUAUGAAACUUGAGGGUGAUUGUUGUGAUAGUCAUGAUUGUGGGCGAUGAUAGUGGUGAAGGCACAUUGAAACAUCGGUGGUUGCGGUGAAAUUGCAGAGUGUGGUAGUGACAGAAGAUGCCAAUAUUUGAAAUUUUUUUCUGGGUUGGGAGGGGGCAAAUAUACAGCAGAUCAGGAUUUCUCAACUAGAUGACCCAGUUCCAUUUUUGUGCAAUCAAAGUUUGCCUGGUGCAAUUUGAUCUUUUUUUGUGAUGACAGGGAAACAAAGUUGACAUCUUUGCCUUGUUGAAAAAAGGGUGUCUGUUGACAAAUACCCUAUACAAUUCAGAGGACAGAUAAGUGAGCCAGAGUGGUCUUAUUUUUGAAGUCAAUUUCAGUUGCUAUACUUGCGCCAAGACUUUGGACUUUUUGCGCAGACUUUCUUGGGCAGAACCUUUAUGGCCUUGUUUGAUUGUAAACUUGUAUAACAGUUCACAAAGCAGGAACAAUCCCACAUUUCUUGCUAACUGCUAGUCAGUGGCUGUUUUUUGCUAUGCUUACAUGGUUGUGCCAGAACAUCACUUGUAUAAAAUGUUCUCUGUUUUGGUAUGCCAUUCUUUGUAUUUGUAGAUAACCCACAAACUUUGUAUUUUAACCGCGUGGCAGGGUCGUUUGUGGAACGUGUGUCAUUUGACUGUGUCGAGUGGCUGUGUCAUGUGACUGUGUCAUUUGACCGUCAUGUGACUUGAGAGUGUAGACCACCCCUGGCCCUGCUGGUUCAGGGUAACCAUUUUAAUCCGCUGGUUGUACAGUUUAAGGGGCCCAAAAGUGGCCCCAAACAUGGAUACCAUCUGUUGGGUUGUUGUUGUUUUUUUUAAUUUGAAACAGAACUGUAAUUGAUGAGCUGGUAUUCGUAAGUAAAACAUUUUACUUGUACAAUGAAGGGAAAACUGUGUUUCUAUCGUAACUUCGGAGAGUGGGGAGAAAAUCAGUUACAGGGAAUGUUUGCUUGAUUUAUUUUAAAGGAUUGUUAAAAUACAUGUACUACACACUUUGAGGAAAUUGUAUUCAUGUUCCAGAUUAUCCCUGUUUUUCAAACUUUCUGAGAAAGUUUUUCUGAUGUAUGAUAUACUUUAUGUAUGCACUAAAAUGUUCAUUGUAAUUAAAAGAGAAAGUAGCAUUUUUAAAAUUACUUUUUAUUUUAAGAUAUAUAUAUAUAUACACAUUCUAGAGAACCAUAUUUGCCAUGAUCAUAAUUUAUCGGAGUGUUGUCAGAAAUGAUUCACUGACCUCAAUGUCACGACGAUGACCAUAAUUAUCGAAAAUGAAAUUCAAAGAGAGUCAACACUUGUUGGCAAGAUGCCAGAAUUUGUAAUCCCUAAUUAUUGGUAGUACUGUGGAAGACCCUUGUCACUGUGGAUAUGGAAGUGCAGUACUUAAAUUUGCAUAUUCAUAAGACAAGCGGAUGAUGUAAUGAGCUAGCUAUCAUGCAGAGCAAGUUAAAAGAUGCACUUGGGCUCACGUCAUCUUUCUUGGCUUUUUUGUUUUCAAGUCAAGCAAGCAGCACUUAUUGUGGCAAGAAUUUUUUUCUUUCAAAAAGUAUUCCCAAUAUUUACAAUUUCAUAAUCGGCUUUUAUUGAAUAGUAAUUAAACAUACUCUUGCUAAGUACUCUUUUAUGAAUAAAAAAUCUAUUUGUUUUUUUGAGGGAAAGCACUCUUUGAUGUUUUUCUGAUAUAAAAAAACACCAGAAGUCCAGAUCGUUAUUUGGAAAUGAUAUCAUGUUUUGCAUGGGUAAUUCAUUCUGAAAGCUUUAAUACGGUAAUCCACUUUAAGAAAUUAUCCUUAAAUGUAGGUGAUAGUUCAUUUUUGGGGUGAUGUAACCAAUGGCUAGAUAGAUUUCAAAUUCAUCUUCAAAUUGUUCACAGUUUUUUCCAGUGAUGAUAAAGUAACGAGCGUAUAGCCUAAGAGAAAAUAAUAAUAAUAAUAAUAAUAAUCAAUACAUUUUGGACAUUUAUUUGAGGUUUUUGUUUUUAUUUCCAAAUUUAAUGUUGUAAUCUAUAUCCUUAAAGAGAAUAUGUAUCAUACAAUUUUUGAAGAUCUUCCAAACUCAACUGUAUAAUGUACUAGAAUGUUGUAUUUCUGAGUGGCAUAUGUACAUGCUGUUUUAUGGUAAACAUGUAUUCACUCUAUACUGUAUCUUUCUCUGCCUAUUUGUAGGUGCGCCCCUCUUUUUCAGCAGGCUUCAUGACUGCAAUGGUUUAGAUUAGAAUGCAAGCACUCGACAUCGUUUAUUGCGCUCAGGACAUUUCAGUCGUGUGGUCAGCCUUUUUCUAUGGUUGACAAGUAAAAAAAAAAAAAAAUUACAAUGUAUAGACAAUUAUCAAAACAUUUUAAGAAUCAUGUUUACUCCAUCAUAAAAAUGUUUACUGCUGUGAUAUGGAUCAACACAAUUACAAAGUGGCGGGUUGUUGAAAACAAAAAAAUUAUUGGUCCUUAACAAGGCUUGGAGUUUUUGACAGAACAAAAAUCUUUUUCUAUCAGAAUCGGAAAAAGACUGUAAAAACAAAACUGUUUCCGAACGCUUGAUAUGAUAGCAAAAAAAUAUUGUAUAUGCAAAAUGGUUCAACGCGUUAAAAAAAGUAUUAAUGUAAACAAAAAUCCUGUAUUAAACUUGCGAGUCAGUUGCCAGCAGGUGGGCAGUAUACAUUGUGCGUAAGACAAAAAAAGAGAAACGGACAUGUCUAUUUGAAUAGAUAAUAGGCUGACGUUAAUCGGAAACCUGUUUCACCAUUAGUGUAAUCGGUGUUCCAUAUGACAUAAAUGUGUCGACUCUCAUCUUAAGCAUAUUGGUAGCAUUUGCAAUAUGUAAAACAAAAAAAACAAAAAAGUAACUUUGAGAACUUGUUGUAGAUACCAGGAUUUAGAUGAAAUUGUCCAGAUCUUUCGCUUCGGAAUUUGAUUGUGUAUGGAACUUCCACUAUGUCUUGCAAUACGAAAUGUUAUAACAUGUUUGUGUACGUCCUCGCUCGAGUGUGGUUUUGUUCGUUUCCUCUUCUUUUUUUUUAACAAAAGUAACAUUUCUGCAAUUCCAAAAUGUGCUUCAUGUAUUCGGGACACUGUAUUCUUGACGAACCACACAUUAUUGUGGGUUAUCGUAUACACCAUGCACUAGCUAAUUUCAUGUAUGGCCUACAAUAAACUUGUGUGUAUGACGUUGGGGGGUGGGGAGGAAUAACUUACGGUUAAAAAAAAAUAUUUGAAUUAUAAAUUGUAAUCAUAAAACAAAGAUCAAUUUAAUGAGUAUAUCUAAUUGUAGUGGUGAGCUCGUGUGAGGGAAGGGUUGUGUUGGCACAGUGCUUAGUGCUAAUGUCAAACUAUUAUAAAGCAGUACAAUUGUUGAGUCUGGCGGUAUGUGGUUCAGCCAUUUGUAAAUAAAUUUUUAAAUUGCUUCUAUCAGCUA